CGAUGUUUCUAUAAUAUCUGUUGGUGUUUCACGGUUUCAUGACAAUAUGUUGACCGACGAUGACGAAGAUAUUGAGAACACUGAUAACAGUGAUAAUGAAGAUGAGGAUGACGAUGAUGAAAAUGUACAUUUCACAACAUUACAACAGCGACGUUUAAAUGACGAUGUAGAUAUUGGCCAUAUUGACCCUGAUACACAAGCGAAGCUAGCGGCAAUUCUCGAAGCAACAGGAAUAACAAACGCCCCUAUUCCUGAAGAUUUUUGGCGUGAUCAACAAGUUGUGCGUUUACUGACAAAUAGUGUAACAAAUAAUUUAAAUGGACUAAGUGAGAUCAGAACCGGUUUAGUCCCACCGACGAAUGGAAUAUCACCGACUGGAGCAACAACGCCUGCAAGGAACAAGAAAAAGUCAAAUAAAACCAUAACUAAUAAAGACAGUUCUGGUGCAUUUGUUCGUGCAUGUGUCGAUAAUGAUUUACGUACAGUAGAAAAAAUAUUACAAACAACAAAUGGUAAAGAUCAUUUGAAUGACGUUAAUGAAGAUGGUGAUAGUGUAUUAGCAUUAGCAUGUAGUAGUGGUUAUAUUGAAUUAGUUAAGUUGUUAUUAGGCACUAAAAUUGAUAUUGAUGAUAGAGCAUGUAAUGCCGGUCAUUAUGAUAUUGUCGAACUAUUACUCCAACAUAAUGCUAACGUCAACAUUCAAUCAACAUCAGGAAAUUCCGCUUUACAUUAUGCAGCAUCAGCGGGUUAUGCAGAUAUUGUUCAACUGUUGUUAGAUAAUAAUGCCAAAGUCGAAGAAACAAACGAAAAUGGACAUACAGCGUUAAUGGAGGCAGCAAGUAGCGGCCAUGUAGAUGUAGCGCGCGUAUUAUUAGCCCAUGGAGCCGGUGUUAACACCCACUCAAACGAAUUUAAAGAAAGUGCUCUUACACUUUCGUGUUAUAAAGGCCAUUUAGAUAUGGUACAAUUUUUAUUAGAACAUGGAGCUGAUAAACAACACAAAACAGACGAAAUGCACACAGCGUUAAUGGAAGCUUGUAUGGAUGGUCAUGUUCAAGUGGCUAAAUUAUUACUUGAUCAUGGUGCUGAUGUAAAUAUGCCACCGGAUAGUUAUGAAUCACCAUUGACACUGGCUGCAUGCGGCGGCCAUAUCGAAUUAGCCUCAUUACUGAUUGAACGCGGUGCAAAUUUAGAAGAAGUCAACGAUGAAGGUUAUACACCAUUGAUGGAAGCAAGUAGAGAAGGACACGACGAUUUAGUGACUUUACUUGUAUCACAAGGAGCAAAUGUAAAUACAAUAACAGAAGAAACACAAGAAACAGCAUUAACUUUGGCUUGUGCCGGUGGUUUUCUUGAUGUAGCAAAAAUUUUAAUUUCAAACGGUGCAAACGUGAAUAUUGGACAAUCUUCACCACUUAUGGAAGCAUCACAAGAAGGACAUACGGAACUUGUUCAAUUUUUAAUACAAAGUGGCGCUGAUGUUAAUCAAACAACGGUUGCUGGUGAUUCGAGUCUUCACUAUGCUUGUGAAUCAGGCCAUACAGAAGUGGCCGAGUUAUUAUUGCAUGCUGGUGCAAAUAUUGAUCAACCGGAGAAUGAAAAAAAUAUGACACCAUUGAUGAAAGCCGCGAGAGCUGGACAUACGUGUACCGUUCGAUAUUUAAUAGUGAAAGGUGCUGAUGUAAAUCGUUCUACAGUAAACAAUGAUCACACCGUUUUAUCAUUGGCAUGCGCUGCAGGAAACAUGGAAAUAACCUCUUUACUUUUAAAACAUGGAGCAGAUCCAAAUCAUUUGUUAAAGGAUCGUUCUAACUGUUUGAUUGAAGCGGCCAAAGGUGGUCAUACAUCUAUUGUUCAGUUACUACUCGAAUAUCCUAAAAGUGUGCUUCAAAGACCACUACCAUCGUCGACUAGUGUGGUACUGAACCCACCAUGUUCUUCCACAUCGUCUUCUUCCUCAACAGUAAACGACAAUCGUUCUCAACAGCAUUUUCAAGUUGAUAAUAAUACUCAAUUAGAUAGUCAUUUAAUUGAACCACCACGUGUACCACCGUUGCCAAACGAGACCAAUGACUCACUAUCAAUUUCUGCCUCGUUUUUGAUUAAUGAACAACAACAACAACAACAACAGCGUCCAUCACAGACAACAAUGCCACCCAUGUCCCAAGUUCACUCUCCCAAUUCUCUUCAACAACUAAACGAUUCAAGGAAAGAUUGUUUACAAACAGUAGAUAAAUUACGUCAACCAGCUGGAGGAGGUGGCGCGAUUAACCUCGCAGUAUCCACUUCAACAAUAACGUCUAAUUCACCAUUUAGUCUUCCUGAACGUUUCGAGCGUAUUGUACCGAGAAACAUUUUAGAAGUUUUACGUGCAGUUGAUGUUGAUUCAUUAUCAGGAACAACAACAGAUGGAAUGGCCGAAAUUGUUAAAAAAUUAACUACAUCACCAAAUAUAACAGCAGCCGUCAAUGAAAUAAUAAAUGAAAAUAGUCUACUCCAUUUUGCGGCUCAGCCACCACCAUCUCCUGCAGGAGGAAUAGAUACCAAUCAACAUGCACUGUUAUUGCAAUCAUUAGAUAAUGCUGCGACUAUUGGCAUCGCAGAACCAUCAAGUCCAAAACCUUUCCCUUGGCAAAUACCAACUCACAAUCCUAAUGAAGAUGAUGAUUUAAUAUCCCAACAACAAUGUUAUCGAUCUUCAUCUCCUAAAGCCAUUUCGUCUGAAACUCAACAACCGUUUUCUGUUACAACUAAUCAGUCAUCAAUAUCUUCUUCGUCACCAUGCGAAACAACCUUAUCACCGUCAGCACAGCAACAGCAACAAUCUAAAAAGCUUUAUUUACUUGAGCGUCUACAAUAUGUUGAAAAAGAAUUACACGAUAAAGCCCAGCAACAGUUAAAAAUGAAUCAAGAAUAUCGGCAACAAGUAAAUGACUAUAUGAGUGGAAAAAAGAAGCGUACAACAUCGUCAUCUUCCACUUCCUCUUCCUCGUCGACAUCGUCGAAUGAGCACCAUCCUGUUCAAUCUGUUCAAAAUACACCUUCAAUGAUUAAUUUUUUUUCACAAAAUGAUUCGUCUUUACAACAGUCAAUAUCUACACCAUCAUCAACAGUAUUCGAUUCAUCAUCAUUUAUACGACCAAAUUGGACAAUAAAUCAACAAAACAUUUCGACAAAUGGGACAACAACUGGUGGAGAAUCUUCCACUAAUAGUCAUUCACAUCAUCCGAAAGUUAAAAAGUCUUUUAACCGUCAAUUGACAAAAUUUGAUAGACGUUUAGAACAACAUCUACAUGAUAAUCAGCAUCAUCUUAUUGAAAUGAAUGAUCUUGUAAAAAACUUAAAGCUAUUACCGCCCGAACAACAAGAACAACAACAAACAAAAAAUGCAAAUGGCGUUGGUCCAACAGCUAUGCUAUUGACUGCUACUCCGUUGACAUGUACAACAACUAUACCUACGACUCCUUCAUCUUCACCAACAAAAUUACAGCAAAUGUCAUCACCGGCUAAUUCAAAUAAAAUUCCAAUGCAAAUUAAUACCGAUACACAAAAAGCAUUAGAACAUCUAAGAGAAUUGGCUAGUAAUCCAUCAGCUUUAGAACGGAUACAGACAUUAGCAAAUAAUCCAAAUUUCAUUCAAGAAAUUAAGAAAAUUGCAAAUCAAUCAUUUAUUGACCAGUUGAGAACAUUACCGCCUUUUACACCAGCCAAUUUGAAACAACAACAGCUGCAGCAGCAGCAGCAGAAUGAACAGCAUAAUAGAAUUACAAGUGAAUCUGAGCAGCAUAACACUGUUGAAACUACAUCAUACGGUGAUCAGCAGCAUUACGAACAGAAUCCUAUCAUGGGUUCGAAUUUGAUGCCUUCUUUGGAUACAACUCUACAAUCAAGAUCUUUUUCUAAUUUAUAUCCUUUACCGGUUGAAAACGAUGAAUUUGAUUCUUCAACUCUAUAUCAAACAAUUCUGACGACUGAUGUUACGUCUCCACUUGUUCAAGAUCCGUCAACUUCAUGCCAUUUAAAUACAUCAGCUGAUAGUAUAGCCUAUUUUCCUUCGACAAAUGAUCAAAAUCCUGUUGCUCGAUGUUCAUGCGAGGAUGGACAUCAACACCAUAUUCAAACAUUUUCGCCACCAUCACCAGUUAUCGCGCAACAACAGCCGCUUUUUCAACAACACAUUUCACCAAAUCAUCAAAAUUAUCACCAUCCAAUUCUCGAUUGCGCCGAUUUAGAAUUGACUAAUGUUGCUUUAAAAAUAGAACAGCUGCAGGAACAUUGUUGUGCUGAAUGUCCUCCACUGCCCGCUACUUCGACGAAUCAAUCAGUUUCUACACCGAUAUGUAUUAAACAAAAUCAACCACAGCAGACAACGCCAGCAUCGUCAGCAGGUUAUUUAAGACUAGGUAAUCGUAUUGAUGUUGAUUGUGAAACAGAAAGUAAUCAUGAUACAGCAUUGACAUUGGCGUGUGCUGGGGGUCAUGAAGAACUUGUGCUAUUAUUGCUACAGCGUGGCGCCAAUAUUGAGCAUCGUGAUAAAAAAGGUUUUACACCGUUAAUAUUAGCAGCUACAGCCGGUCAUUCGUCAAUCGUUGCCAUAUUACUUGAUAACGGUGCAAAUGUGGAAGCUCAGUCCGAGCGAACAAAAGAUACAGCUUUAUCAUUAGCAUGCAGUGGUGGUAGACAGGAUGUUGUUGAAGUUUUGUUGAAAAAAGGUGCUAAUCGUGAACAUCGGAAUGUUUCAGAUUAUACACCGUUGAGUUUAGCAGGA